UCCUCAUCUUCUUCUUUCUGUUCACCAUUUAUUGCACGAGGACGAAGCCCUAAGCAGAGGAGAUCUCCGCCAGGGCCAAUCGAAGCCCUGAGUCGCCGCCGCCCACUCCCACAGAAGCCUAAAUGGCGACCACGAUCGGGAUGAUGGACUCAGCGUACUUCGUCGGGCGGAACGAGAUCCUGUCCUGGAUCAACUCCACCCUCCAUCUCAACCUUUCCAAGGUCGAAGAGGCGGCAUCGGGGGCGGUGCAGUGUCAGCUGAUGGACGCCGUGCACUCGGGGAUGGUGCCGAUGCACAAGGUGAACUUUGACGCGAAAAGCGAGUACGAGAUGAUCCAGAACUACAAGGUCCUUCAGGAUGUAUUCAACAAACUCAAGAUCACUAAGCACAUCGAAGUAAACAAGCUCAUUAAAGGAAGGCCAUUAGAUAAUUUGGAGUUCAUGCAGUGGAUGAAGAGAUAUUGCGAUUCUGUCAAUGGUGGCAUCAUGGGCAAAUAUAAUGCUGUGGAGCGAAGGGAUGCUUGCAAAGGAGGCAAAGAAGCAAACAAGAAGACAGCACCUUCGCAAUCAUCUGUAAGAUCAUCCUCAUCUGCCCCUAAAACUCAAGCCUCGCAUGGAACAAAAAAAGGCGACAGUCAUGCUAUGAAUUCUUCACAUAAAGCCACAAAACCUGCAGCAAAUUCUGCAACUCAAGCUUAUGAUGAGCAGAUCACGGAACUGAAGCUCUUUGUGGAUAGUUUGGAGAAAGAAAGGGACUUCUACUUUGGAAAAUUAAGGGAUAUUGAAAUCUUGUGCCAGAACCCUGAGAUUGAGCACUUACCAAUUGUUACUGCUAUCCAAAAGAUACUCUAUGCGGCAGAUGAUAGUCAUUCAGUAGUGGCAGAAGCUCAGGCGAUGAUAACGCAGCACCAGCAGCAGGCUGAAACGCCUUGCACUCUCAGUCCUAUCCUAGAAGCCUCUGAGGAGAGGCCGAAGCCAAAGAGAAAAGAUAUCAAUACCCUUGAGUUCGACAUGGCAGCCAGCUCCACGCUGUCCCCCAAGCAGAAGUUCUCUGACAUCUCCGACGUCCAUUACUGUGGCUCUCCGCUCACAAACUACUGACCAAUACUUAUUUUCAAGUUAACGGUAUUGGCUCGGUACUCUACAACUACUUGUUUGCCACUGCAUGUUAUCUAAACUGUUGGUUUUCUUUUUCUUUUUCCUUAUAAAUCUAUCCUGCAAUUUGUUGAGAUUGAGUACAUCUGAUGUGAAAUUGUGUCAAACGAUUUCCUUGAGCUUUUGAUAAGGGCGUUGUCUUGUCCAUCAUCAUAAAUUCAGAUGGUUUCCUCCGGUGAUUUCUU